CCAUUCCCAUUCACAGAGAACCCGGCUCGUCCACAGGACGUUCCGCCAGCUGUGAGACACGGUUCGGAUGAUGUCAUUCACUUUCUUUUGAGCAGUUUUCACGAGACCGGAGGACACCAGUUUUUUUUGUGUUGCGGUGAGAGAUACGAUUGGGAAGGGGGGGGAUAUCUCAUCGAACGGACAGAGACAGAGGACGGUAGUUGACUACCUACGGCAAAACGACACGACUCUAACGGUUUGUCUGUGUGAUGAGGGCCACAUCAUGCACCACUGAUACCGUCUACGAUGUUGCUAGUUUUUCACCACACAGCUGACAAGCCUAAAGUGAACCGUAAAACAAUACGUGAAUCUAUAGCCAGCUAGCUUUUAUAUACUAUCUAUUUUGCCAUACAGCCUUCAGUGGCCGCAUUUGAGAGAAAAGUGAAAUUAGGUGGCUCUCGACCUGGCUGACAUUUCCGGAUUCGAACACUCGCAUAUUCAUCCUCCCAGCGGUGUUGUUUUAGCGUCUCAAUAUACACGCAAUUGAUCGCUAUUUAUGUGACAACGGAAGCAAGCAAAGUGAAACUAACGCUAACCAUCAUUUGAUUUCCAGAGGACCUAUUUUUCUUGCUUUGGGAAUAGAAAUGGGCCGUGUUCAACAGUUCUGUAACUGUCUAGCUCGAGCUAGCUACUGUAGCAAGCUAUCUCCGGUCGGGAUCUAGUACCGUUAUGUGCGUGCCUGUGGUCUUUACAGUCAAAAAGCGAAACAUUCGUCGUUCACGUUUCGCUGCCUUGAUAUUUGAUACAGUAAUUUUUUCAAAAUCUACAAUCGAGAUACCCUUGGCUUUGGAACGGGUAGAAUUCUUGGACCGAUUUUUUUGUUUUGGCUGAGGCAUGAGAGACAUUCGAUCCAUCCUUCUAUCCCGGUGCUCCAUCCAAUACGGCGCAGUGUGAGUAGCCCAUCCGGGAAGCGCACAUCAGCAGAAUUGCAUCCUAUAUGCACCUUUGGCGUGUCGGGGGGCUGAAGGUGCUACUAUAACGUCGGAGCGGGAGGACGUUGCCUUCCCAUCUCAGGAUUAAACCAUGGCCAAUGAACCUGUUAUCCUUAAUGUGUAUGAUAUGUACUGGAUCAAUGAGUACACUUCCACUCUGGGUGUUGGAGUCUACCACUCAGGCAUUGAGAUCUAUGGCCGAGAGUUUGCAUAUGGGGGCCACCCGUAUCCCUUCAGUGGCAUAUUUGAAAUCAAUCCUGGAAACGCCACUGAAUUAGGAGAGACCUUCAAGUUCAAGGAGGCUAUCGCUUUGGGCACAACAGACUUUGCAGUGGAGGAUAUGGAUAAAAUCAUGGAGGACCUGGGAACAGAUUUCAAGGGCAACUCUUACCAUCUAAUGCACAAGAACUGCAACCACUUCUCAUCCUCGCUGUCUGAGCUGUUGUGUGGGCGUGAGAUCCCUCGCUGGGUGAACCGUCUGGCCUACUUCAGCUCCUGCGUGCCCUUCCUCCAGACCUGCCUCCCUAAGGAGUGGCUGACCCCCGCUGCCCUCCAGAGCCACAUCAGCAUGGGGCUCCACAAGGAGGAGCGGGAGGCCGGGGAGUCCAGCGACGAGGACCCGAACUCAGCCUCCGGGACCGCUGGGGCGGGCACCGGAUCCUCACACAGCUGUCGCCAUACACGGGUCUGAGCCAAUGACUGUAUAGGUCUGAAGAGAACAGCCAAUAGGACUCUCUCAAUUACCUGUGACCUUCGAACCCUGGACCAGAAGGUCACCAGGUCCCCUCUGCAGGGGAUGUAGUGAAUAACCACCUGACCUCAUAGUACCACCCCUGAGAACAGAGACGAGGACGACGGAUGAUUAGCUAGCCUGGUAGUACGGGGCCGGGGGGGUCCUGCAAAACCUACAGAUCCUUAGAUCCUUUCCCUGGUUUUCUCCCUUUUAGAUAUGGUAGAUAUAUUCCGGAGGGGGAUUUGUUAUAGGUUUGUUAACAAACUAACUCAGAGCAUGGCAUGGCUCUUUUAGAUUGCCCACAGCUACAUGAUGUACUGUAGGUCUGGGCUACUUUCUGGUCAUUUCUCUUUUUCCAUGAACCUUUUAAACUUUUGUCAGCCUUCAUCCCCGAUCCACCCUGAUUCUCUUCUUGCAGAGCUCCUUCUAUUGUAGAGUAAACGGAUAUCAGACACCACAAAGAUACAUCUAAAUGUACGUCCCAAAUGGUACCCUAUUCCCUAUAUAGUGCACUACUUUAGACCAGAGCCCUAUGGAACCCUAUUCCCUAUAUAGUGCACUACUUUAGACCAGAGGCAUAUGGAACCCUAUUCCCUAUAUAUAGUGCACUACUUUAGACCAGAGCCCUAUAGAACCAUAUUCCCUAUAUAGUGCACUAUUUUAGACCAGAGCCCUAUGGAACCCUAUUCCCUAUAUAUAGUGCACUAUUUUAGACCAGAGCCCUAUGGAACCCUAUUCCCUAUAUAUAGUGCACUAUUUUAGACCAGAGCCCUAUAGAACCCUAUUCCCUAUAUAUAGUGCACUAUUUUAGACCAGAGCCCUAUAGAACCCUAUUCCCUAUAUAGUGCACUACUUUAGACCAGAGCCCUAUAGAACCCUAUUCCCUAUAUAUAGUGCACUAUUUUAGACCAGAGCCCUAUGGAACCCUAUUCCCUAUAUAGUGCACUACUUUAGAUCAGAACCCUAUUCCCUAUAUAUAGUGCACUAUUUUAGACCAGAGCCCUAAGAAACCCUAUUCCCUAUAUAUAGUGCACUACUUUAGACCAGAGCCCUAUAGAACCCUAUUCCCUAUAUAGUGCACUACUUUAGACCAGAGCCCUAUAGAACCCUAUUCCCUAUAUAUAGUGCACUACUUUAGACCAGAGCCCUAUAGAACCCUAUUCCCUAUAUAGUGCACUACUUUAGACCAGAGCCCUAUAGAACCCUAUUCCCUAUAUAUAGUGCACUAUUUUAGACCAGGGCCCUAUGGAACCCUAUUCCCUAUAUAUAGUGCACUAUUUUAGACCAGAGCCCUAUGGAACCCUAUUCCCUAUAUAUAGUGCACUAUUUUAGACCAGAGCCCUAUGGAACCCUAUUCCCUAUAUAUAGUGCACAAUUUUUAGUUGUUGUUGCAAGGGCCCUUAUGGCUCUGGUCAAAAUAAGUGCCCAAUCCAGGGCAUAGUGUUCCAUUUGGGACGACGCCUGAGACUACUGGUAUUGUGACGUUAGCAGGAUGUUACUUGCUGCUCACUUCAAGAGGUACUUAACCUCCUUACUUGGGCCUUCAUUCUUAACUUCAAAGAUGUGUGUGUGUCUGUGUGUGUGUGUGUGUGUGUGGGGGGGGGGGGGGGGGGGUUAAUAUUCUGGCCAUUUUUUGGACGUUGUAGUGCACUAUAUAUAGUGAUAUGAACCUGAUAUAUAGUGAUAUGUGCUCUGUUUAGAAGGAGUAAUUACAUGUGUGAUUUAAACCAGCACAUUUCUGUUAAAUGUCAUUCUUAACUUGAAAAUGAUGUGCCAAGAGCAAAGGAUUGGACAAAAAUGAAGACAUCGAAAUUAGUUUUGGACCAUAUUGAUUUCAAUGAUAACAUUUUAUCGUAUUAGUAUUAUAUAUUUGGGUGUUAUUUGUCUAUUUCAUGGUCUCAUGUAUUGUUUAACAAGACAUUGUCCCCCCCCCCCCAUAUAAUUAGCUAUUUACUACCAUCAUGUGAUGAAUAACACUGGCAGAUGUCUCAUUUAUACACUUCUUCAAUGGGAACCAUUCAAUCUUUCAUCAGGAGAUGAAACCUGAUCAAGAAAUCUCAGCCCUUGUGACCGAUCAGUCGGCGCACAACAUAAGAAAUCUCAGCCCUUGUGACCGAUCAGUCGGCACACAACAUAAGAAAUCUCAGCCCUUGUGACCGAUCAGUCGGCGCACAACAUAAGAAAUCUUAGCCCUUGUGACCGAUCAGUCGGCGCACAACAUAAGAAAUCUCAGCCCUUGUGACCGAUCAGUCGGCGUACAACAUAAGAAAUCUCAGCCCUUGUGACCGAUCAGUCGGCGCACAACAUAAGAAAUCUCAGCAGUGAAAGUGAAACUCAUAGUUGUUGAAUCACAGGUUUCUGUUCAUACAACUCCUCUUGUCUUGACCCCUCCUCCCCAGAGAGUGAUUGAGUAGGUGUAUGAGGGGUCUGGAGGCCCUUCGAGGAAGGAGGGGGGGGGGGGGGGGGGGGGUUACAGUUAGGGCAUUGUGUGAAGGAAAAAGGUUUUGUUGUUGUGAGAUGUCUUUUGAUUGGCUAUGUCUCUUAAUGUGUUGGAUUCACAGGUGAUUCCUGAAACAACAGGGAGGAGGUUGUCUUUCUACAAUAAUAUUGUGUUGUCCUACCAGUCAGUCAGUUGAUCCUACCAGUCAGUCAGUUGUCCUACCAGUCAGUCAGUUGUCCUACCAGUCAGUCAGUUGUCCUACCAGUCAGUCAAUUAUCCUACCAGUCAGUCAGUUUGAUUUAAUUUGUCCUACCAGUCAGUCAAUUAUCCUACCAGUCAGUCAGUUAUCCUACCAGUCAGUCAGUUGUCCUACCAGUCAGUAAAUUAUCCUACCAGUCAGUCAGUUGAUCCUACCGGACAGUCAGUUUGAUUUGAUUUGUCCUACCAGUCAGUCAGUUGUCCUACCAGUCAGUCAGUUGUCCUACCAGUCAGUCAAUUAUCCUACCAGUCAGUCAAUUGUCCUACCAGUCAGCCAGUUGUCCUACCAGUCAGUCAAUUAUCCUACCAGUCAGUCAAUUGUCCUACCAGUCAGUCAGUUGUCCUACCAGUCAGUCAAUUAUCCUACCAGUCAGUAAAUUAUCCUACCAGUCAGUCAAUUAUCCUACCAGUCAGCCAGUUGUCCUACCAGUCAGCAAGUCUUGGACUAGAUAGAGUAUUACACCGACUACCAUCCUAUCAAACAAUAUCAAUAAUGCUGUUUCCAGAUGAGACAGACCUUAGGCUACAUGUUAUUCUGUUCUGUUCCUGCAUUAUAUUACAGCUGCUCUGGUAGAGUCAAUAGUAUCCAUUCUGAAGUCCAGUCCAUUGCAUUCCGUACAUCAGUCUUUCUGGAGGACAAUAUUGUCCUUUCUUUCUCUUCUCCUCCUUGGUUUACUGUCUGUCUGUCUGUCUGCCUCCACCCCUCCGUAUCCCAUCCCCCUCUCAGGAAGGAAAUCACAUGACCUGUUGUUUGUUACACCGGUGUCUCAUUAUUAUACAUCAUCUCCAUGACAACUGGGGAAAAUAAAAUAACUAUAUUUACUUGUU